AUGCCGCGUCCAGGCGUUCUUCUAAUCCCUGAAGUCGUUCCUCCACCAGCCUCCCCUCUUCCGCUUCCGCCGCCCCCUCACCGGCGCCCCGACCACUUGCAGGCACGCGCGCAACAGCAGCGGGGGGGGCAUGCGCGCAGGGGGGACCCGCCUAGGCGCGCGCGGCAGCUCAAGAUCUGGGACCUCCAACCCGAGCUCCCGCCCGCCCCUCAUCUGCGCCAUGACCGCGCGCUUGAGCGCGAGUUCGCGCAGCAACUCCGCAAUCUCCCGCCGGAGCUGCCGCCUGCCUCCCAACCGGACGCGGGACUGCCCGAGGCGCCUCCUAGUAGUGACGGCGCGUGCGGGGGCGGCGCGCCCGGGCGAAGCGGCUUGUGCUCCCCGGAUAACGGCGGGCUAUGCGGCACCGCCCAUUGCGCUCGCUGUGACUGGCUCAGUCGGCCGAAGCGAUGGCCGUCGAUCGGCUUCCCCGUGCGGCGAUCCGCGCAACUGGCGCAGCAAGCGGAACGGGCGGCGCACCCCGCGCAGCGAUUCGACGGGUUAGAGGACAGGAAAUGCAGCGAUCCCGCCACGCAGCCCGCAUGGCAAGCCUUCCCCGCAAACUACCCCACAGGUUCCACUAAUCCGGUUAUCCCCGCAGAUCCCACAUAUUUCUUCGCAAGCCUCUCCGCGGAGCCUCCCCGCAAGCAGCAGCCUCUAGCCCCCCAUUCCCCGCCCAUCGACGAGCCUGCUCCCUUCCGCGCGCGGACCGACGGGUUCCCGCCGCCCCCGUGUGCCUUCACCUCUACUCCCGCGGAUCUGCCUCUCGAAACGCCCCGCGCAUCCCGAAGCAUGGCGGAACCAUGGGGCGGAACGGCGGAGCUGGCGCAGGCAUUGGGCGGCGGAGGGCUUGCGGAAUCGGGUGCGGUCCUGGGGGAAGACUGGCGGAAGCCUCCUCCGCCAGGGUGCGGCGAAGCCAUCCAGACCCACGUGGCAUCUUUCUGGCUGACAGUACUGGGACAGCUGGAGUUUCUUGGGGAGGUGUCAUCUGCGCUGCUGGGGGAGGCUGUACCUGGUGGACGAAACAGGCAAGAGCUGGGGAAUGAGGGGAGCAGAAAGAACGCAGGAAGCAGCAAUGGCGGUUUGUCACUUAGCAGCGCUGAACGAGUGUCACACGGAUGUGCGCAAGCUGCUGGAGCAGCAGAGCCAAUGGUGGGGGGAAGUGAAAGCAGGGUGGAGGAGUGGGGGGAAGCUACUGGUGCCAUGCCAGUUCGCCUGAUGGCUGUCCCUCACAUGCUUUCCCCAGACAUGCGCUGCCGGAAUAUCAGUGGCUUUAACGUGAGUGGCUUCAAUAUGGGUUGCCCUAUUGAUGCUAGCGUGUGUGGCACCACUACCGUAAAUCUGAGAGGUCUCGCAUCACCUCCCUUCAAUAUGGGUUCCCUGAAGCCUCUCUCUUCGGCGUCCUGCUUGCACCUGGGGGAGGUGUUAUCUGCAACGCCUCCUGGCCAAGGCACCACCGCUAAGAACCGCACUGAACCGGGCCGGCCGUACCUGCGUGUCCGAUCCACCCUUUCAGGCCAGUCAAGCGACCUGGACAUGUGUCGCAAGGGGACUGGCCACAGCCCUGCAUCCAUUCUGGACUCUCCUGUUCCGUCUGAUGACUCUGGCUGUGACUCUCGGCCUGAGCUUGUAUGGGGGGGACAGUCCACACUCUCCCUUGGGUAUUGA